AUGGGAUUUUGUUGGUAUCAGUGCUCCAGCGUCAGUGCUCCAGCGUCAGUGCUCCAGCGUCAGUGCUCCAGCGUCAGUGCUCCAGCCUCAGUGCUCCAGCGUCAGUGCUCCAGCCUCAGUGCUCCAGCGUCAGUGCUCCAGCGUCAGUGCUCCAGCGUCAGUGCUCCAGCCUCAGUGCUCCAGCGUCAGUGCUCCAGCCUCAGUGCUCCAGCCUCAGUGCUCCAGCCUCAGUGCUCCAGCCUCAGUGCUCCAGCCUCAGUGCUCCAGCCUCAGUGCUCCAGCCUCAGUGCUCCAGCCUCAGUGCUCCAGCCUCAGUGCCCAGCCUCAGUGCUCCAGCCUCAGUGCUCCAGCCUCAGUGCUCCAGCCUCAGUGCUCCAGCCUCAGUGCUCCAGCCUCAGUGCUCCAGCCUCAGUGCUCCAGCCUCAGUGCUCCAGCCUCAGUGCUCCAGCCUCAGUGCUCCAGCCUCAGUGCUCCAGCCUCAGUGCUCCAGCCUCAGUGCUCCAGCCAGUCAGUGCUCCAGCCUCAGUGCUCCAGCCUCAGUGCUCCAGCCUCAGUGCUCCAGCCUCAGUGCUCCAGCCUCAGUGCUCCAGCCUCAGUGCUCCAGCCUCAGUGCUCCAGCCUCAGUGCUCCAGCCUCAGUGCUCCAGCCUCAGUGCUCCAGCCUCAGUGCUCCAGCCUCAGUGCUCCAGCCUCAGUGCUCCAGCCUCAGUGCUCCAGCCUCAGUGCUCCAGCCUCAGUGCUCCAGCCUCAGUGCUCCAGCCUCAGUGCUCCAGCCUCAGUGCUCCAGCCUCAGUGCUCCAGCCUCAGUGCUCCAGCCUCAGUGCUCCAGCCUCAGUGCUCCAGCCUCAGUGCUCCAGCCUCAGUGCUCCAGCCUCAGUGCUCCAGCCUCAGUGCUCCAGCCUCAGUGCUCCAGCCUCAGUGCUCCAGCCUCAGUGCUCCAGCCUCAGUGCUCCGCCUCAGUGCUCCAGCCUCAGUGCUCCAGCCUCAGUGCUCCAGCCUCAGUGCUCCAGCCUCAGUGCUCCAGCCUCAGUGCUCCAGCCUCAGUGCUCCAGCCUCAGUGCUCCAGCCUCAGUGCUCCAGCCUCAGUGCUCCAGCCUCAGUGCUCCAGCCUCAGUGCUCCAGCCUCAGUGCUCCAGCCUCAGUGCUCCAGCCUCAGUGCUCCAGCCUCAGUGCUCCAGCCUCAGUGCUCCAGCCUCAGUGCUCCAGCCUCAGUGCUCCAGCCUCAGUGCUCCAGCCUCAGUGCUCCAGCCUCAGUGCUCCAGCCUCAGUGCUCCAGCCUCAGUGCUCCAGCCUCAGUGCUCCAGCCUCAGUGCUCCAGCCUCAGUGCUCCAGCCUCAGUGCUCCAGCCUCAGUGCUCCAGCCUCAGUGCUCCAGCCUCAGUGCUCCAGCCUCAGUGCUCCAGCCUCAGUGCUCCAGCCUCAGUGCUCCAGCCUCAGUCAUGCUCCAGCCUCAGUGCUCCAGCCUCAGUGCUCCAGCCUCAGUGCUCCAGCCUCAGUGCUCCAGCCUCAGUGCUCCAGCGUCAGUGAUUCAGCCUCAGUGCUCCAGCCUCAGUGCUCCAGCCUCAGUGCUCCAGCCUCAGUGCUCCAGCCUCAGUGCUCCAGCCUCAGUGCUCCAGCCUCAGUGCUCCAGCGUCAGUGAUUCAGCGUCAGUGAUUCAGCGUCAGUGA